AUGAAGUUCCGGACUAUUAUUUUGUCCCUAUUUGCUGUUGCCAGCACCUCUCUCGCCAUUCUGACCGAGCGUGCCGACUCGCCAGGUCUUUCGAUGAACAGAUGCCUCAACAACCACUAUGAAUUUGGCUUCCGCUACGGCAUCGGCAAUAUUGAGAACUUCACUCUAGUUGUGCAAGCGGUUAAUGGCACGCAGCAAGGCUAUAGAGUUAUCAGUGCUUAUGCAGUAAAUGCUCAUUGGAUCUGUACGAAGAACCCAACCCAUGGUUUGCAGGAGCGGUGCGAGUUGGUGGGUGUUUUGUGUAUUGAACUUUGA